AUGACUUCACUCGACCCAACUCAUGCGCCCCAGUUUGGCUGGAAACCUCAGCCCCGAUCUCGAGGAGAGGCUAUAUAUGACCAGCCAUCUAAUCCACUGCCUUUAAGGACGCUGCCCGACCUGCGCUUUGAACAGGGAUAUCUUCUAGCAUUAAAGCCAUUUGUACAUAUUCAAGCCGACAAACCCCUCAACGAGAAAUCCAAGGCUCAGGGAAGCGUCGAAGAGCCUGCUGUAGAAUCUACUGCACUAGCUGAGCCAGUUGGAUUCGAUAUUGUGACACGAGGGGCAGGUGUAUCGAAGUAUGGGAUACCAGAACGUGUUGAAUGGGGAAAUAUUGCUUGGGUAACUAUUCGAGACCAAGUCAUAUCUCCGCUAGUUCAAGGUGCUGUAUGGGGGAGCGCAUCAAUAUUCCUAGGCCCUGCCUCGAAGAAAUUGACAGGGUCGCUGCGUGAAAUGUUUGUUGGGCCUGUUACUGGUUCAUUACCCAGCGAUCUAGUGUGCAACAAGUGUGAGGCCCAGUUCGAACCAGUAUUAAGUCAAGAUACUACGUUCAAAACUAUGGGGCUAUUAAGCGAAAACGACUAUGAAGCAGCUCCCCCAGAACUCAAACUGGAACAGGUGCAUGUUUAUGUCCGUCAUGGUGAACGAACACCUGUAGGUAUUCGUAUGGCCGACCCACCAGCGAAUAUCCCUGCAUAUUGGAAUCUAUGCAAAACCGCACGAAGAUUCAAGGCCGCAGUAAUGGGCGACAAUAGUUCAACGGAGGAAGUAGACAUUGUAAGGCUUUCUGAGCGGGGUAAUGGGGAUGCUCAAGAGGGCGAAUGUUUACCAGGUGAAUUGACGGAUGUGGGGCGAAAGUCUACACUUCGGGUUGGACAAGAGUUGAGAAAGCUAUAUGUCGAGAGGCUGGGGCUUUUACCUGACGUACUCGAUUCUCACGACACUGCUUAUUUCCGGCAAGUAAAGCUCAAAUCUAUGAUCAAGCCAUAUCUUAUUCUCGGAUCUAGCUCAACAAAUAUGCCUCGCACAAUUGAAUCCCUUCAACAAGUACUCCAUGGACUAUACCCAGAGUCGAAAAUCCGCCAGGGGUUUGCUCCUCACGUUAGGACAAGGCACCCGAAUACAGAAAGCUUGAUUGGGAAUACCAUUGGAUGUGGUAGGCUGGCGGAGUUGGCUUUAGCUUUUAACCUUGCCGCGGCAAAGGAUAAUAAUCCUAACCUUGAGCAGUUUGAUUCCAAACUUUCAAAAUACAUCGGAGGUAACCCAAUUCGAAUAGACGGGAAACCCCGAUUGUCUGGAAUUCUGGAUACUCUACGUGCAGCAGAUGCUCAUGGCUUCCGUAUACCUCCCGAGUUUAAUGACCCCAACACAGUUAUGGCAAUGGAAACAGCUGUAUGCGACGAAUGGUUUCGGGGAUAUAAGGAUAAUGAAUUUCGACGUCUCGCUAUGGGUCGCCUUCUGGCAGAAAUGUCAGGAGGAAUGUCUGCUAUAGUGAAUCGAACCCAGACGCCCAAGAUACGAGUACUAGCUUGCCACGACACUACUUUGGCUGGGUUAUGCCAAACACUUGACGUGUUUAACAAUCGUUGGCCUGAUUUUACUGCAUCCAUUACAUUUGAAUUGUUCAGCGAAGAUACUGCGCAAUCUAUUCCUUCUACAUCAUCUCUUGGCCUGUUCUCGCGAAAGCCGGCAACCAAGCAUUUUGUACGAAUGCGCUACCAAAACCGGAAUCUUGUUCUUCCUGCUUGCGCUGCCGCUGGAGAUCACCUAUCUGGAUCACCGGAAUUCUGCACGUUGGCAGCGUUCCAAGAACACGUUCAAAAGCUUACUCCAGGCGACUGGGAGAAGGAGUGUAUACCCAAAAAGGCUCGAUAG